AUGGGACGAGGGCGCAAAUGGGAGACUCUGCAAGAUGAAGCGCUAGUUAGCACAUAUUUAGACCUCUCUCAAAACGCCAUUCAAGGUGCAGAGCAGAAGGCAGCGUCUUUUUGGGAUUCAAUUCUCAAUCGAUUUAAUAACGCAACAAAGCCGAAGAAGGAGGAAGUUCGUACUGCGCAAGCGCUUCGCAAUCGAUGGUCUAGUAUUUCUCACGAUGUGGCCAAAUUCGUGGGGUGUUAUAGUGUUAUUAAGGCCUGUAAUGAGUCAGGCAAGAAAAUGCCCGAAGUUCAUGGAUGGGAUUAG